GAUCGCCGCGCCUGCUUCGGUUCUGAAUCUUCCGCCGCGCUGGCAACGUCUCUGGCGCCUGCAUCUCUUCGGCCUCACGCUUCUGGGACGGGAGCGGAGCGCGUGCUCGCCCACGCUCCAUCUUCCUUCCAUCGGGAGCCGGAUCAGGGACGGGCCCCUCUCGGUGCUCGAAAUCCUCGUCCAAAUCCUUCGGCCUGCGCUUCGAACCUGCUGCUGCUGCCGGUCUCGCCUCGCUCUCGGCUCUCGCUUCCGAAGAAUUGUGUUUCUGUGUUGAAGUUCGCCUAUGGCGACGGCUUCCACUUCGACUCAACAGCUUGGCAUGAUGGCUGCCAAGCUCGCAGUCGUCGGCACGCGGACACCGUGCGGCUUCUGUGGCGUAACGCAGGUGCCUGUGGUUCUCCACAGGCCUUUCGCGGGCGGGGCUGCCAGUGUUGCUACUUCUUCUAAGGUCUACAGGUCGCGAUUAGACAAUACCUUGUUGUUGAGAGCUAAAUUGCAGCUCAAUGUGACUGGAGGUCAAAGAUCCACAGUAGUGAGAGCAGUUGCAACCCCCGAAGCUUCAAUCGAUGGGCUAGAGUUAACUGAAGACAACGUAGAGUUGGUUUUAGAUGAAGUACGCCCAUACUUAAUGUCAGACGGAGGCAACGUGGCUCUUCAUGAAAUCGAUGGACUGGUUGUAAAGCUGAAACUUCAAGGUGCAUGCGGAUCUUGUCCCAGUUCGAUGAUGACCAUGAAAAUGGGAAUUGAAAGACGUUUGAUGGAGAAGAUACCCGAAAUUAUAGGGGUGGAGCAGGUGAUGGAUGAAGAGACAGGCCUGGCUUUGAACGAAGAGAAUGUGGAAAAGGUUCUCUCAGAAAUCAGGCCAUACCUUGUUGGUACGGGAGGAGGUGAACUAUCUUUAGUGAAAAUCGACGGUCCAGUAGUUAAAGUGAAAAUAGAGGGUCCUGCUGCCGGGGUUAUGACAGUACGAGUAGCAGUGACUCAGAAGCUACGAGAAAAAAUUCCAAUGAUAGCCGCCGUCCAACUUUUGUAAGUUUUACACAAGAUGUAUCUCUACGAGUGAUAACUCCAUUCUUUUGAGGCUUGUUGCGCUACCUAGGUGAUGACCGGUACAAGAGUUUGUGCCCGGGUUCCCAUAGCGUACCUUUGGUGCAGCAAGUCAGCUGAAUUCAAGGGCAGUCUAUGGCUUGUAAGCAUAAUGUAUUAAAGAUGUAAGGUAGCCUUAAUGUAGUGACCGGUAGGGUUUCAAGUAAGAGAUCCUACAACAAAUUGUCAUCUGAAUUGUGAGCGUCCAUCUCAAUAGAUGAAGAACGCUGUGCUUUACAGUUAUCACAUGUCACCGAUUGUCACAUUUCAGCGACAGAGAACUUUCUCUAUGUAUAAAUGUAAGCAUGCAACUCCUUUUCUUAGUGUGCAUAGUGAAUAUACCUCACAGGCUCCUUUGGCGAAGAAAUAAAGUAGUAUAAAAAUAAUAGCUCCUAUCUAGCAAAGGUGGUGGAGUUGCAAUAUG